CUGACCCCCCCUAUGUGCUCCCCCCCCCAGCCGUGGAGACCCCAAGCCGCAGUGGGGAGGAGAUGGUGCCCAGCUCGCCCUCGCCGCCCCCCCCGCCCCGCGUCUACAAGCCCUGCUUCGUCUGCAGCGACAAGUCCUCGGGGUACCACUAUGGGGUCAGCUCCUGCGAGGGCUGCAAGGGCUUCUUCCGCCGCAGCAUCCAGAAGAACAUGGUGUACACGUGCCACCGGGACAAGAACUGCCAGAUCAACAAGGUGACGCGGAACCGGUGCCAGUUCUGCCGCCUCCAGAAGUGCUUCGAGGUUGGCAUGUCCAAGGAAGCCGUUCGCAAUGACAGGAACAAGAAGAAGAAGGAGGUGAAGGAGGAGGCCACGGUUGAGAGCUACGAGCUGAGCCCCGAGCUGGAGGAGCUGGUGCAGAAGGUCAGCAAAGCCCAUCAGGAGACCUUCCCCUCGCUGUGCCAGCUGGGCAAGUACACCAUGGACGCGAGCGCUGAGCGCCGGGUGCAGCUGGACCCGGGGCUGUGGGACAAGUUCAGCGAGUUGGCCACCAAAUGCAUCAUCAAGAUCGUGGAGUUCGCCAAGCGCCUGCCCGGCUUCACGGCGCUCAGCAUGGCCGAUCAGAUCACCCUGCUCAAGGCAGCGUGCCUGGACAUCCUGAUGCUGCGGAUCUGCACGCGGUACACCCCGGAGCAGGACACGAUGACGUUCUCGGACGGGCUCACCCUGAACCGUACCCAGAUGCACAACGCCGGCUUCGGGCCCCUCACCGACCUGGUGUUCGCCUUCGCCGGGCAGCUCCUGCCCCUGCAGAUGGAUGACACCGAAACCGGGCUGCUCAGUGCCAUCUGCCUCAUCUGCGGAGACCGGCAGGACCUGGAGGAGCCGGAGCAAGUGGAGCGGCUGCAGGAGCCGCUGCUGGAGGCGCUCAAGGUGUACGCGCGGCGGCGGCGGCCGCGCCAGCCCCACAUGUUCCCGAGGAUGCUCAUGAAGAUCACGGACCUGCGAGGCAUCAGCACCAAGGGCGCGGAGCGAGCCAUCACGCUGAAGAUGGAGAUCCCGGGGCCGAUGCCCCCCCUCAUCCGGGAGAUGCUGGAGAACCCUGAGAUGUUCCAGGAGGAGGAGGAGGAAGGGGGGGGGCAGCCCCCUCCGGAUCCCCCCCCGGCCCAGGACAGCCCCCCCGGGCCCCCCUCUUCCUCCCCAUAGCUUCCCCCCGCCACCAACCCGCUCGGGGGUGGGGGGGGGCAUUGUGUGUCCCCCCCUCUCCAUGGGUUGGACAUUCACAACAGCCUUCCAGGGCCCCCCCCCUUUGCUCCGGGGGGGGGGGAACCCCAACUGUGCCCCCCCCCAAAUGUGGGGGGGCUCCAGAGACUGAUGGAGCCGCGCGGGGGGGACCCCGCGGCACAGCUAUUGCCUUAAGCUGGGGGGCCCGGGGGGGCCCCCCCACCCCAACCUCAGCUUCACGCCAAAGCCCCCCCCCCUCCCAGCCC